AUGAAUCAUAUCCUGCUAUCCAAGCUCUCCUGGACGGACAAAUCGCCUGUCCUCAAAUUGCGCCUCCUUCAUUCAUGGACGGCUGGAAACCCUGCUCGGCCUGGCGGAUUCACGGAGCGCGCAACACUCUGGACGGACGAAUUGGGAGUAUUGGUGCAGGGCCUUGCCCCGAAUCAAAUAUCGGCCCAGCUCGAUGAAGUUCUUGCUGUCCGCACCGUGUACUUCGUGACUAAGUUUUUCCAGGGCAAAUCAAGGAAACGUUGGGCGGCCUGCUCCAACGAGCGCGUGCUGAGUUUUACUUCAAACACCUCUUUUGUUCCAUCCACCGAAGACAAUUCAACCUUCUGUCCCGAUAGCUUUGAAUUUCGCCAGUUAGAAGACCUACACGCCAUCACUUCACUGAAUGAAGCUUUAGUGGAUGUUGUUGGUCGGCUGGUCUCUGCUACGCCUGUUGGCUAUGUAUAG